AAAGAAAAAUAUGAAGAAAAAAAAAAUGGGGGGGAGAAAGAUGGCUCAUGAUAAUCAGGGUUUAUGCUGAUGUAAACCUUGAAUGCCUCUUUGUAGCAAAAACUUUGACCUUCUUUGAUAAUGGCAACGCGUCGGAAUUAUAAUCGAACAACCCUUCACAACGUGAAACGCUUCCGUUUUGCUUACCAUUUGGCGUACGUGCAAUGCAAUCCUGUACACUGUACAUUAACGAAAACUCAUAUAAAAAGGGCAGAGAUGACGCCUUUUACAAGUAUUUCACUAUUUCCACAUUUUCAUCACCAAAAUUUUUUUUAGAAAUUAAAAACUUGUCUGGGUUUCCAAUUUGCAAAUCAAAUUUCGAUUGAAUCAGACACAAUUUCUUUUUUCAAUUUAAUUCAAUUUUAUAAUGAAGAACAAAAGGGCGAGAACGAGUGUGGACAAGGCGGUGGUUGAUGUUUGGCAACGGGAAGUUGGGGAACUCUCCACUAGGAAUUUCGCCCACCGGCUUGCCGCUUCUGAGGAUCUUGUGCUCCGACUCGAGAUUUACAAGAAACUCGAAAAGCACCGAGGUUGUGUGAACACUGUGAGCUUUAAUGCUGAUGGUAACAUUUUAGUUUCUGGCUCUGAUGAUAAGAGGGUUAUACUAUGGGAUUGGGAAACUGGGAAUGCUAAGCUUACUUUCCAGUCAGGCCAUGUCAACAAUGUUUUCCAAGCAAAAAUCAUGCCUUACUCUGAUGAUCGCAGCUUGGUUACCUGUGCUGCUGAUGGCCAGGUUCGACAUGCUCAAAUUUUGGAACGUGGUGCUGAAACUAAACUGCUGGCCAAACAUCAGGGACGAGCUCAUAAAUUGGCCAUUGAACCAGGGAGCCCUUAUAUAUUUUACACUUGUGGUGAAGAUGGAUUAGUGCAGCAUAUUGAUCUUAGAACUGCAGCAUCUACCGAACUUUUCACAUGCUGCCCAAUCGAUGAUAGCAGGGCUUACAUGCCAUUUAUCCAUCUCAAUGCUAUCACUAUUGAUCCAAGGAACCCAAAUCUCUUUGCAGUUGCAGGAUCAGAUGAAUAUACUCGCCUUUACGAUAUUCGCAAGUAUAAAUGGGAUGGCUCAACUGAUUUUGGUCAACCUACAGAUUAUUUUUGCCCCGCUCAUUUGAUUGGUGAUGAUCAGGUUGGAAUAACAGGCUUGGCCUUUUCUGAUCAGAGUGAGCUUCUUGUCUCCUACAAUGAUGAGUUCAUUUAUCUCUUCACACGGGAUAUGGGACUGGGGCCUAAUCCAAUCCCGUCAUCUCCAUUAUCUGCAUGUAACAAAGCAAGUGAUAUCGGUCUCGAUCACUCAGCUAUGGAUGCUAAUGAAAAAGCUAUUCCUCAAGUUUAUAAGGGACAUAGAAAUUGCGAGACGGUGAAAGGUGUGAAUUUCUUUGGACCUAAAGCUGAUUAUGUGGUUAGUGGAUCCGACUGUGGUCGUAUUUUUAUUUGGAAGAAGAAAGGUGGAGAGCUCAUUCGUGUUAUGGAAGCAGAUAAGGAUGUGGUAAACUGUAUCGAGUCUCAUCCUCAUACCACGGUUCUUGCUAGCAGUGGAAUAGAGUCUGAUAUCAAGAUAUGGACUCCAAAAGCUAUCGAUAAACCUACUCUUCCGGCAAAUGUUGAACAGCAAUAUCCAUUCAAAAGAUCUAUGACAAGCAAAGGAGCUGAUCUCUCAGCCAUUACUAUGUCUAUGCAAAUGGCUUUGAAACAAGCUCUCUUCUCGUUUCUUGUCUCUUGCUGCAUUCAACAAAGUUCAAACCGAAACCUAAGGGCUGGAUGUACCGAUUAACCACGCCUCAAGACCUGAUGUUGCACUUAUUUUCGCUGCAAAGGCGAGAGGCUAGCCCGGAACGGAACGGAGAAAACUCGUCAGCAGCAAGCCGAGAACUUCUAGAACUUAUAUUGACAUUCAAUGCCAAUAGUGAUGCUUCUUCUGAUGGAGGUAAUGCCUCUGGUCCCGAAGACUUGUUUAGUUAAAUGAUCGUAUGCAUUCAUGCUAUGGCAAGUAACCAUGCUUAGUAAUUGUACAUAAACAUAGGGGCUUUAAACAAGUGGGGUUUCACAAAUAUUUAUACCCACUCAUUAUAUUGAAGUUUCUCUCUUUUGUUCUUUAAGAUGUUUUUUCAUGGAACAAAAUCAUUAUGGCUUAUGUAAAUGCCUUCCAUGGAUUUGGGAGAA